AUGGCAGUCCGCAGGCGCCGCGAAGUGCGCCGCCGCUACCACUGGCCCGAGCUCCAGCUCAACAUCUGGAUUAUGGUUGUGCUAUCGUGCGCAGCGACAUGUCUGGGGAUAUUCUCGUGGUUCAUGACUGUGCAAUCACAAAUGCAUCUUGGGACGCCAUGGCUCUUCCCUUAUAUGGUUGUCAGCAGCGCACUCGGCGUGUGCUUCAUAUUCCUAAUUAUGAUCCUUGCAGCGCGCCACUUCCUCUUACCGGGCAUUAUCAUCAUCGGCAGCUUUAUUCUCUUUGUGCUGUGGCUGACGGGUCUGAUUGAGACUUCGCUGCAGCUGUAUGGGGUUGUCGGGAAUGUGAAUGAUAAUUGCCAAAUCUACGUGACGAACAAUAAGGCUUGGGGGAAUAAUAUCAAUACCUUGGCUUGGUUGACGCAGAGUACUAUUUGCAAUUGCUGGAGAACUGCCUUUGCGCUCGAGCUUGUUAACACGAUUUUCUAUCUUUGGAUGAUGAUUAUGUCGUGGCAGGUGAAUCGGGAUGUUUAUGAUUGA